UUCCGCCUCAAUGAAAUGCACGAGCCGGGUGAUGUGGUGCUGGGUGGGCUGUUUGAGGUACACUACACUUCUCUUUUCUCCAACAUCACAUACACCUCCGAGCCAGAGCAACCGAGCUGUGAAGGUUUUGACACUCUAGGUUUUAGAGAUGCCAUGACUAUGGCUUUUGCCGUUGAGGAGAUCAACAAGAACCCCGAUCUGCUGCCAAACCUGACCCUGGGAUACAGCCUUUAUGAUAACUGCGGUGCUCUUGUUAUUGGCUUCAGCGGUGCCUUAUCUCUGGCCAGUGGCCAGGAAGAGGGGAUUUCGCCUCAGGAGAACUGUUCAGGGACUCCUCCAAUUCUUGCCAUCGUUGGCGAUUCCUAUUCAACAUUUUCAAUAGCGAUUGCCAAUGUGCUAGGUUUGUUCAAAAUACCAAUUGUGAGUUAUUUUGCCACAUGUUCAUGCCUGAGUGACCAUCGGCAGUUUCCGUCCUUCUUCAGAACAAUCCCAAGUGACGCUUUCCAGGUGAACGCCGUGAUUCAAAUUCUGAAACACUUCGGCUGGACGUGGGUCGGACUGCUGGUUACCGACGAUGAUUACGGGUUCUAUGUGGCCCAGUCUUUUCAGUCGAGCCUCUCACAGCAGGGUGGAGCUUGUCUGGCGUAUGUGGAGGUCUUGCCCUGGGAUAGCAAACCAGGCGAACUUAAGAGAAUUGUAAAUUUGAUCAAGACGUCAAUGGCUCGUGUUGUCAUCGUGUUUGCUCAUGAGAUUCACACGUUUAGGCUGAUAGAAGAGGUAGCGGAACAAAAUGUCACCGGCCAACAAUGGAUAGCAAGUGAAGCGUGGGCGUCAGCAGCUGUACUCCAGAUUCCCCGCUUCAUUCCUUUCCUUGGUGGCACUCUGGGUAUCGCUAUUCGUCGAGGGGAAAUACCAGGGCUCAGAGACUUUCUACUACAAACCCACCCUAAUAAAAACAACAACUACGAAACUAAUCUGGUGAGACAGUUCUGGGAACACACCUUUCAGUGCAAAUUCAAACCAGCCGAAGAGGAAGAAGAUGAUGAAGCUCUGUGCACUGGUGAUGAAGAUCUUGAACAGGUUGAGACUGAGCUUUUGGAUGUGUCCAACCUCAGACCUGAGUAUAACGUUUACAAAGCGGUGUAUGCUCUGGCUCAUGCUCUUGAUGAGAUGCUGCAUUGUGAGCCAGGGAAAGGACCCUUUGUUGAUCGGACCUGUGCGGCUCUGCAAAGUCUGGAGCCGUGGCAGCUUUUGCACUAUUUACAGAAAGUCAAUUUCACCACACCGUUUGGUGAUCAAGUGUCGUUUGAUGAAAAUGGCGACGCCUUGCCUAUGUACGAUGUCAUGAACUGGGUGUGGCUCCCGGAUGGAGGAACCAAAAUCCAGAACGUUGGCGAAGUGAAGAAGUCUGCCUUCGGAAGGGGAGAGCUCGUACUUAACGAAAACCUAAUCUUUUGGAACUUUGAGUCAAAACAGCCACCCCAGUCAGCAUGCAGUGAAAACUGUCCUCCAGGUACAAGGAUGGCAAGAAAAAAGGGUCAGCCUGUUUGCUGCUUUGACUGCAUUCCCUGUUCUGAUGGAAAGAUCAGCAAUGGAUCUAAUGCCAGAGAGUGCAUCAGUUGUCCAGAGGAUUUCUGGUCCAGCCCCCAGCGAGAUGACUGUCUCCCUAAAGAAACUGAGUUCCUCUCCUACCAUGAACCACUUGGGAUUUGCUUGACAACUACUUCACUACUGGGAACAUUCAUCUGCGCUCUUGUUCUGGGGAUCUUCAUCUAUCACCGCAGUACACCAAUAGUACGAGCCAACAACUCAGAACUCAGUUUCCUGCUCCUGGUGUCGCUCAAGCUGUGCUUCCUGUGUUCGCUGCUGUUCAUCGGACGACCCAGACUGUGGACAUGCCAACUCAGACACGCAGCGUUUGGGAUCAGCUUUGUGCUUUGUGUGUCCUGCAUCCUGGUUAAAACCAUGGUGGUUCUGGCUGUGUUCAAAGCCUCCAAGCCAGGAGGGGGAGCCAGUCUCAAGUGGUUCGGUCCAACACAGCAGCGAGGAACCGUCUUCACUCUCACUUGCAUUCAAGCAGCAGUCUGCACUGUUUGGAUCGUCUCUGCUUCACCGAUGCCACAUAAAAACACUCAGUACCACAAUGACAAAAUAGUUUAUGAAUGUGAAGUUGGUUCAACCUUUGGAUUUGCUGUUCUACUUAGUUACAUUGGUUUACUAGCUUUCAUUAGCUUUGUGUUAGCAUUUUUGGCACGAAAUCUUCCAGACAACUUCAACGAGGCCAAACUCAUCACGUUCAGCAUGCUGAUCUUCUGUGCUGUGUGGGUGGCCUUUGUUCCUGCUUAUAUCAAUUCUCCGGGCAGAUAUGCAGAUGCAGUGGAGGUGUUCGCCAUCCUGGCCUCCAGUUUUGGCCUUUUGGUGGCGCUGUUUGGACCUAAGUGUUACAUAAUUCUACUAAGGCCUGAAAGAAACACAAAGAAAGCCAUCAUGGGCAGAGGAAUCACCACAUCUUAACGUGUCUCGUCUUGUUCAUGCAAAACCAUGUGGAAUUUGGAUUAUGGAGUUUGUGGUAUUUAGUAUUUGUUUUUCUUCCACAUUUUUUCUCCUAAAUUGGUUUGACACUUUGAGUUAGUGAGAUUUUUGGUUACAUCUACAUCUGCCAGAA